AUGAAGAAGAAAAAAAUUUUGAAUACUGAAGUCAAUGAUAAAGAUUUGCAGUUGUACAAUUUUUUUGUGUCCAAAGUCGCGCAUAAGGGACUAAAAAACAGCGACACCCUACAGACAGGGAGGGAGUCCCCCGUUGCAGCAGAUGGAAAUGUCGACGAUGAGGAAAUCGAGGCAGAAGGGAUAGAUAUGGAGGCGGAGGAAGACCUCAAUGACCAGGCUUCCUCGGAAGAUGACGAAGAAUUCAAUCCGCGCAAUGUAUCCAUGGCCCAGCUUGAAAGGCUUGAUGCGAAACGAAUCAUGAUCACACGUUUCUGCGCCUACGAUCAACAGCUUUUCUCUCAUUGA